ACAUAGGUCUCCAAGAGCUGCAGUUCUGCACACGACACAACACAACAGCGGGAAUCUCACAGCAAACACCAGACAGACAACCUUUCCAUCUCAGCACCCACUUUGCCCAGGGCCAGGGCCGGCCAGAAGUUGAACUUUUGUGGGCGGCGGGUCUGGGACGGAUUUAAACUAAGCAGAAGUAUUGAUUGGGUAAAAGUACUUGGCUGCUGCUGGGCCGCGAUGAGACGUGUUAGUAGAAUAAAUGCCCAGACGCCUUGAAACCAGCCAAAUGGCAGCUGUUGGCUCUACGCGCCGCGGCAGGUACUAUCGCCUGGUAAUAGCACGCUAUGUGCACCACGUAGCCGCAAAGUUACUGGGCUGGCUGGGUAAUUUUCCCUGGGGGCAAUCCGCUAAUCCUGUCUUGUCCUCCUUGCUCCCCCAUCGUUCUCUGCUGUUGCGCUGCACUCAAGCCAUCCCAGAACCAGACCCAUCACCUUUGAACUCCAUCAUCUCGCUUGUCCACCACCACCACGUCCCUCCUCAGCCGCUGAUACGCCCAUCCUCUUUUUUCCCCUUCCACCAUCCCCAAGGCCAUUGUCUGGUCUCCGGCGUGCGAUUCUUCCAUCUGCGGGCUCCCUUUUGGUCCGACAGCUUCCCUCCUCACCUUCGUCCCUUUUGCCUCGAAACUGCCAGUUCCUUUCGCUCGACAAGAAACACGCCCAGUCGUGUGCUCGGUCCCUUUCCCGAUCGGCCUUGUCUGCGCGCCAAUUUCCCGUCUGCACCGACCGUCACAUCACGGUUCGCAUCGUCCUUCUCGCGACUUUCUUUCUUCAUAGCCGUAUUCUUCACCGCAGAGCUUCGCGUGCUCCAUUCGCACCAACUAGCAGCAACGGCUUCUUCGACAGUUAUUAGGCAAAGGUGGUUCGGGACGAGCGAAGUGGCCUCGAAGGGCCAUACUCCGUUGAGAUAGGGGCUGGGUCACGCCGAGCGUUCCUUGGAUCCGAUCUUUGAAUUUUAAAGGUUCUAACUCGUCUUCAUAUAUCUUACACACAAAAAUGGCUUGGGGCACUGAAGAGAGGGUGCCAGCGGCCCCUGGGAGUUCCAAGGAGAAGGACACGCUAUCAGCUGAGGAUGGGAAGAAGGGUCGGGGUCUUUUGCCCGUGCCAUCACGGUCAUCGUCUCAAAGAGCUUCACCGACGGCUACUGGCCUGAGCGGCGCAACUGCGAGCGACCCCAGAGAUAGCAUCGGCGGACAUUCCAAGGAAUCCAAAGGCAGACCGACAGCCACUCCGGGACAGUCUGAGCCAAACUCUCCGGCAGCUCCCUCUCAUAAAAAGAAGAAGGGUGGAUUCUUGGCCAUCUUUGGAUGCUGUGGUGUUCCGGACAACGCCAAUGGGCUGGAGGCUGAGGCCCCCCAUCGUCUCGACAAGAUCCCUGCUCGACCUGCCACAGCCAGCCGGCGAACAGCCACGCCAUCGGGAGAGCAACCAUCUGGGAGCAAGACGCAGCUGUCUGAGAAGGAGCCCGGUCAGCAAGCACAACAGUCGGCUGCGCAGCCCCAGAAGAACGGGAAGCGGAUUUCUGGUGCUAGCACUCAGGAUCAAUCUACAGUGGGUGAUCACGAUGGCGAGUCGAAGCAGACAACGCUUGUCGGCGCAGGAUCCGGCAACCCAUCCAUCUCGGUGGACCCCCCACAUAGCGUCACGAGCGCCGACGAGACGAUUCACGAGAAUGCUUCUGAAAAGGAUGCAGAAGGUGAUGUUUCUAUGCCCGAUGCUGACAACUCAAGGCAACAGAACGCCCAGGGAUCCGUAAACAACGCGGACGAGCAGCUUCCCAAGGUUCCUCCACCGCCCCCAGGGCCUGUGCCGGCAGUGCCGAAUGCGCCAACAUCCACGUCAGUGGAAAACCCAGCUGUGUUUGCCUCUGAGCAGCAGCAGGAGAGAUGGCUUCUGCCUCCCCAGAGGCCAGAGCACAAGGGCAGAAAAUGCCUUGUUCUUGAUCUGGAUGAGACGCUUGUCCACAGCUCGUUUAAGAUCCUCAACCAAGCCGACUUCACGAUACCUGUCGAGAUCGAGGGCAACUUCCAUAACGUCUACGUAAUCAAGCGACCGGGAGUCGACCAGUUCAUGAAGAGGGUUGGCGAGCUUUACGAGGUUGUUGUCUUUACAGCCUCCGUGUCUAAGUAUGGCGACCCGCUACUCGACCAGCUGGACAUCCACAACGUCGUCCACCAUCGCCUCUUCCGCGAGAGUUGCUACAAUCACCAGGGCAACUACGUCAAGGACUUGUCGCAAGUUGGCCGUGACCUCAAGGACACCAUCAUCAUUGACAACUCGCCGACUUCGUACAUCUUUCACCCUCAACACGCCGUCCCGAUUAGCAGUUGGUUCUCGGAUGCCCACGAUAACGAAUUGCUGGAUUUAAUUCCAGUCCUCGAAGACCUUGCCACUCCCAAUGUACGAGAUGUCAGCUUGGUCCUCGAUGUCACUCUUUAAGACGAAUUUUCCUUUUCAUAGCCGAUACCCUUUCAUUCUACUACACGUUAUUCCUCGGGCCAGCAAAAAAAAAAUGGCGUCGAUACGCCGGUACUGUCUAAUCUUUACAACAAUUCAACGUGACGGGUUCACUGAGAAACCCGUCAUGACCUUUCAUGGGCCUUGUUUAGACCGGCGAGGCAGAAACCGAACUUGGUGCAGAGAACCGAACCCUACUUGAAGCGUUUUACUUCGUUUUCUUGAGCUACACUUCUGGUCAUAGGAGGAGGCGGAAGUGGGUAGUCAAGUGGAUGGUCUGGCUCUGUCUCCAAGUUUGCUAUACAAAAAUCGGGAACGCUUCUUUCUUGGGGUGGUGGAGUUUGUUGGUUAUAAGUCCGGGUGACGGUUUUGACCCAGUGUUUUCUUUUCUCGCGGUUUUUUCUCUUUGUCUUUUUCUUUUUUUUCUCUCUCGCGGAGCGGGGUGGAGAGGGGAAUCUGUUGCCGUUGUUGGGUUUAGCAGGCCAAGCUGGGAAAUCAAAGGGAAGAGGGGGGAAGAGAAGAGACCAGCAUUGUCAAAUAUCAAGCCUUUUUUUUGUUGUUUUAUUUUUCUUUUUUUUUUUCUCGCUUUUGGUUUCUUUCUUAUGUCAAUUUUUCUAAAGAACACCACCACCACACAUCAACCACACCAAUCAAUUGACUAUACAUAAACGAACUGAGAUCAAGGGAGAGGUUGUGUUUUUGCUGCUCUGCUUCUUUUGUUUUUCACACAGUACACAUCUCUAGCCCAGUUCCAUAUCACGCAUACUAUAACUAUACCAUCAUACUUUAGUACCCUACUUGCUCCUCACUAUAUUCUGUAGUUGGGAUCUGUUGAUUCGUCUGAUGUAGUUUUGGGUUUUGUCUUCUUGGGGGGUAUUUGUUGCGCAUUGUGCUCUUUUUGGUAUUAUACCUCCACUUGGGUAGCUCGGAGGACGGCUGGUGGGGAGGCAUAGAGAGAGCCUCUAGAAAGAGAGGGAAGGUCAAGGGUCCCUAAGGGAAUAUAUACUGAUGAGCAGGACGUGGGGGG